AAUAAAAGACCAUGCCUUGAAUUCUCUCAGCUAAAGCUAAAGGAUUCCUUCAGAGAUUUAUUUAUUCCCAGGAUAGAGGUAAUUCUGAUGUUGUAUACAAGGAACAACCUAAACUGUGCUGAGCCCGUGGUUGAGCACAAUAACUCACUUAAUGUUAAUUUCAACACACAGAAGAAAACAGUCUGGCUGAUUCAUGGAUACAGACCAAUGGGCUCCACCCCAUCGUGGCUUCAAAAAUUUCUAAGGAUUUUGUUGAAUAAAGAAGAUAUGAAUGUAGUUGUAGUAGACUGGAACCGGGGUGCUACAACUUUUAUUUAUAGUAGAGCAGUUAAAAACACGAGAAUAGUUGCUGAGAGUUUGAGCGGGCACAUUCAAAAUCUUUUGAAGCAUGGAGCAUCUCUUGACAAUUUCCAUUUCAUAGGUGUGAGCUUAGGGGCUCAUAUUAGUGGACUUAUUGGAAAGAUAUUUCAUGGUCAACUUGGAAGAAUAACAGGUCUUGACCCUGCUGGGCCAGAGUUUUCUGGAAAACCAUCAGAGAGCAGAUUGGAUUACACUGAUGCAAAGUUUGUGGAUGUCAUCCAUUCUGAUGCCAAUGGUUUAGGCAUUCAAGAGCCCUUGGGACAUAUAGAUUUUUAUCCAAAUGGAGGAAAUAAACAACCUGGUUGUCCUAAAUCAAUUUUUUCAGGAAUUGAAUUUAUUAAAUGUGACCACCAGAGAGCAGUUCAUUUGUUCUUGGCAUCUUUGGAAACAAACUGUAGUUUUAUUACAUUUCCUUGUCAUUCAUACGAAGAUUACAAGACUAGUUUAUGUGCAGACUGUGACAGCUUUAAGGAAAAAUCAUGUCCUAGGCUAGGUUAUCAAGCUGAGCUAUGGAAAGGCAUUUUAAAAGAAAGAAUGGAAAGAAGACAUUUUAGAACCACUGCGUUUUUGGAUACUAGUGGCACAUAUCCAUUCUGUACCUAUUAUUUUGUUCUCAGUAUAAUUGUUUUGGAUAGAACUAUGAAGUAUGGCAAUAUUUCAUUUACAUUACUAAACCAUCUUGGAAUGGUUGAAAAGCCAAGGCUCUAUGAGAAGAACAAACCAUUUUAUAAACUUCAGGAAGUCAAGAUUCUUGCUGAAUUUUUCAGUGAUGUUGUAAAUAUUUCAAGCAUUGGUUUGAAAUAUUUCCAGAGUUCAAAUCUGCAAUGUUCCACCUGUGAAUAUAGGAUCCACAGUCUCAUGUUAAAAUCACUUACGUAUCCAGAAAGACCACCUAUUUGCAGGUAUAACUUUGUAGUUAAAGAAAAGGAGGAAGUAUUUCUUAAUCCAGGCACAUGUAUACCAAAGAAAAUAUAA